CAGAAAGAACGGUACAAAUGCAGGCAGGGGACAGGACAAAGCACUCGGGACAAAAUUGUAUUGAGUGAAUGUCAAAUUUUUACAUUUUUGAAUUUCCCGCCGGUUCCGUCCCCCGUACGUCCCGAUGCUCGCAGGGAACGGAACCCGUAAGACAGAUGCCGGAAUCGGUCGGAGGACAUGGCUGGGGACGCUGCAGGGGGGACAUCGCGGGAGCGUAAGACAAGGUAAGUGCUGGAGGGAUCCCAGCUGUGUAUUCCUGAGUGUAGCUCGGGGGAUACCGCUUCUGGUACUGAAA